AUGUUGAGAACAAUAGCAGCCAAACAAUCAGCCAGAAGACUUUUUUCCACUUCUUCUACAUUAAGGGUUAGUGGUCAAGUGGGUAAAUAUAAAGGUAGUCCAAACCCUUCCACUGGUAGAUUUACGGUUCCAUUCAUUGAAGGUGACGGUGUUGGUCCAGAAAUUUCCAAAUCUGUAAAAGACAUCUUCAAAGCUGCCCAAGUCCCUGUUGAUUGGGAAUAUUGUGAUGUUAGUCCUUUAUUGAUCAAUGGUUUAACUACAAUCCCAGAACCUGCUGUUCAACAGAUUAAUAAGCAUAAGAUUGCUUUGAAAGGUCCUUUAGCUACCCCAAUCGGUAAGGGUCAUAGAUCUUUGAAUUUAACUUUAAGAAAGACUUUUGGUUUAUUUGCAAAUGUUAGACCAGCAAGAUCCAUUAGAGGUUACGAAACUACUUAUAAGAACGUUGAUUUAGUCCUAAUUAGAGAAAACACUGAAGGUGAAUAUUCCGGGAUUGAACACGUAGUUGCUCCAGGUGUUGUUCAAUCAAUCAAGCUAAUCACCAGAGAUGCCUCCGAAAGAGUUAUCAGAUACGCUUACGAAUAUGCUAGAGCUAUUGGCAGACCAAGAUUAGUUGUUGUACAUAAAUCUACUAUUCAAAAAUUAGCAGAUGGUCUUUUCGUCAAUAUUGCCAAGGAAUUGGCUCCAGAAUUCCCAGAUAUUAAAUUGGAAACUGAAUUGAUUGAUAACACUGUCUUAAAUGUCGUUAGAGACCCACCUUCUUACACAGACGCUGUUACUGUUUGUCCAAAUCUUUACGGUGAUAUUUUAUCAGAUUUGAACUCUGGUUUAAGUGCCGGCUCCUUAGGUUUAACCCCAUCUGCCAACAUUGGUAAUGAAGUUUCAAUUUUCGAAGCCGUUCAUGGUUCUGCUCCAGAUAUUGCUGGUCAAAAUAAAGCAAACCCAACAGCUCUAUUAUUAUCUUCUUGUAUGAUGUUAAACUAUAUGGGUCUAGAAUCUUACUCCAAUAAAAUUGAAAACGCUAUCUUAAACACAAUUGCUUCUGGCUCUGAAAAUAGAACUGGUGAUUUGGCAGGUACUGCUACCACUUCUUCAUUCACCGAAUCUGUUAUUAAGAAUUUAUAA